UUGAUUCAAACUUCAACAGGUGUUGAACACGCGGUAGAAAUCAAGUGCAAGAGUCGACGCAAAAUCGGUAAAUCAAUCACAAGUCAGCGAGCUGAGCGAGCGGAUUUAACGAGCACGUGAUCAGCGCACUAAUUAAAACUAAUUUAUCAAUAAAUCUAAUUAAAAAAUCUAUGCCGGACACUAAAAACCCCCAACCAACCACGUGAAAUCCAUCCACUAAAGUUUGUGUGUUUCUUUUAGCGAUUAAAACCAAAACUAGGAUUAAUACUCUUCCCAUAGAGCCUGUUGUCUGCAAGCAGACCCGUCAUAAGUUUGCUCAUCUUCCGGAGAAUGGGUCGCCAGUCGACUUGCAGGCUGGUCCUGCUGCUGGCCUUUACGCUUUGUGCAAUCCAAGCCAGCCACUCCACCUCACUAAAAGCACCAUCGAUUCAGUACAUCAAGGAUGAUUUGCUCGACAAUGAACUGUCCUCCGGCGAGGAGACAAGUCCUGCCGAGCCGCUGCCCAAGAUCUCCACGCCCAAGGUGAAGGAGGUGCCGGCAGAGACCACCACCAAGAGUUCGCCCAAGAAAAAGACCACACUGCCGAGCAAGGAGACGACGAUCAGCGAGGAGGCUCUCAAGGAUCUGAUGGAGGCGGCCAAGCACAGUCAGCUGUUGGGCGAGGACCCGCACUUCAACAAGAUGCUCGAGAAGGAGAACGCCACCGUCAGUGAGUCAUCCAGCAAGAGCUCCAACAGCAGUGAAGACAACUACUUUUACGACAACUUUGAUGAUGACUACGACUACAACUACAACUAUGACGAUGACAAGGAGACCACAACAGGUGCCGCCAAGAAGGAGAUCAAGAACACCAGUACCACCAGCAAGCCCGAGCUGAAGCCCAUCGUGGAUAGCACUUCCUCCUCACCCAAGCCAAAGCGCAAAGAUGAUAAGGUCAAGGAUAACACCAUUGAGAGUGACAACGAUUCCAACUACGAGUACUACGACGACGAUGACGACGACGACGAUGAUGAUGAUGACGAUGACGACGACACCCCCGAGACUGUCACCGACGACGAGGAGGUGCUCUUCAGCGAAAAUGUACCCUGCCCGCGAUUCUGUCAGUGCGCCCGCAACAUCAACAGCUACAUGGUGGCCACUUGCAGCAGAUUGGACCAGGGCACCCAGAAAUUCGGCUCCGACAUCACGGACCUUGUGGUCACCAAUGUGGGACCCAAAUACCCCAUUCUGCUGGGUUCCAAAUUCUUCCUGAACCUGGGUCUCAAGAACGUGGCCUCCAUCAAGAUCGCCAACUGCACCCUGGAGUACCUGCACCCCGAGGCCUUCCACGGCCUGGAAGAGCUUUAUGCCGUGAAUCUGACGGAUGUUGGCCUGGCCCUGCUCAACCCCAACACCUUUGUUCAGAACAAGAAAAUGCGGAUGCUCACCAUCUCGGGCAACGAUCUGAGUGUGAUGUCCAGCGUCCACUACAUGCUCAAGUCCUCUAGCAUCGAGGAGUUGGACAUGUCCCGCAACAACCUCAUGGAACUGAACCCCACGGCCUUCUCCCAGCUCUCCAACAUCGUGUACAUUAAUCUGAGCCAGAACGGCCUCAAGAAGUUGCCAGCCAACGUGCUGGACAAUCUCACCUCCCUGGAGGAACUGGACCUGUCCUACAAUUCGCUGUCGGAGCUGCCCGCCGACAUCUUCAACAAGACCACCCUGUCGAUCCUCCACCUGAAGUACAACACCUUCACCGACAACCUGCACUUCGGCAACAAGAACCUGCAGCAGCUAGACUUGAGCUUCAACUCCAUCGGUCAGGUGCACCACAGCAUGUUCGAGAAGAUGCCCGGCCUGACCAACCUGAACCUGAAGGGCAACGGCAUCACCAAGAUCCAGCCCGACUCCUUCCUGGCCCUGAAGAACCUGCGCCACAUCGAUCUUUCCAUCAACGAGCUGGAGCAGAUUUCCGGAAUGCUGUUCUUCAAGAACUCCGACCUGGAUGUGAUCCGCUUGAACGAUAAUCCCCGUCUGAGCCAACUGCCCACCGAUGGCUUCCUCAGCUACAGCGGAGAAUUCACCGUCUACUAUCUGGACAUCUCGAACUGCGCCAUCGGUCCUCUGGGCCACAAGACCUUCUCCACGAUGCCGCACCUGACCACCCUGAAGCUGGCCUGGAACAACAUCAACCACCUGCCCAGGGAGAUCUUCACCAGCCUGCAUAAGCUGAUCGACUUGGAUCUGAGCAACAAUCUGAUUCCCCGCCUGGACGACCUGAUCUUCAUGGAGAACGGAGAGCUGACCAAACUGAACCUGGCCGGCAAUCCCAUCAGCCGCCUGUCGGUGCGUCUCUUCCUGCCCCUCCACCAGAUCCGCUCCCUGGAUGUCAACGACUGCGAACUGACCAGCUUGCUCGCCGACCGCCAGCUGGGCAAGGACUACAAGCUCUUCGAGACUCUGCGCAGCUUCAACGCCUCCGGCAACCGGAUCAAGAGGAUCUCCGUCGCCGAUGUGAAGAGCUUCAAGAGCCUGCGCUCCCUGGACAUCAACAACAAUCCGCUGAAGUGCAGCAACGACUUCCAGGAGUUCAUCAGCUACGUCACUCUGCAGAUGCAGAUGACGCCCAAGCGCCUGCCCGUGCUGUCCAAUCUGGAGGAUGACGCCACCAUUGUGGAGCUGGAGACCCAGGCUCAGGCCGGUUGGGCUCAGCUGGCUCGGGAUGUGUGCAAGCACACCGAGAUUACCAUUGACGAGGAUGAGGAGAAGGCCGACAGUGCCGAGGCUAAGCUGGAGAAGCGACUCAAGGAGAGCGAGAAGAAGCUGGAUGAGGACGAGAAGAAACUGCUUGAUGUCCUGGACAAGAGCGUUUUGGACAAGAGCAAGCUGAGCAGCAUGCAGAAGAUAAUGAAGGGCUCGGAGGCGCCAGUAAACGAUGACGACUCAGAGGACAAUGGUGGCGAGGAGAAGGACGAGGAUGCCAGCGACUACGACAGUGACGAGGACGAUGAGGAUGAUGAGGAUGACGACGACGAUGACGAUGACGAGCGCUUCGAGGAGGCCAAGAAGAACUCCCAGGCCAAGAAGAAUUCCGAGGCCAAGGACCAGAAUGACUUUGACAGGUUCAUCAACAAGGACCUGAAGCCCAGGCUGAGGGAUCACGGCGUCAAGGCCGAGGAGGUGGAACUCUCUGAGGAGACGAAAGAAAAGUUCCUACUGGAGAAACUUGGCCUCGACAGUGACGCGUCCAGCGAUGAGAGCGACGAGGAGAUCUUCAUUGAGCGCGGCCGCAUCUACUACGGCAACUACAACAUGCUGAUCCCGGUGAUCCUGGUCAUCAGCUGUGUCCUGCUCAUCCUGCUGGCCAUUGCCCGCGUAGUCUAUGUGGUGCUCCGCAAGCGCGGCGAACGCUACAGGAUGGCCCUGCUGGCCUCGAAGAACUCGUUUGUCUACCAAAAACUGAGCGAGGACAUCACCAAGCCCAGCGCCAAGGACCAAAAGCAGCCCAAGAUGGUCAAGCAGCCCAAGGUGCACCGGUAUGCGCCCAUCAACCAGGUCUAAGUCGGAAGUCGAACGAGUUGCGCUGUUUUUCUAAUUUAUAAGCUUAUUGAUAGUUAAACAUGUGGAAAUCGCAUCAGACAUUUGACUACACACACAACAACAACAAAAAGAACCACACUAGAACACAAUACACAGAAGCACCAGGAAGCCAGGAUACAGGAGCAGGAACAGGAACAGAAAAAGGAGUUAAAAGUAUUAGCAAAAGUGCGAGGCAACAAAGCAACAACUGAGAAAUACUUGAAUCCAAAUAGGUUUUUGAAUGAAACUAUGACGAGGUCCCCCCUUCUACCCACUAAAUAGCUUAAUCUGACCUAAUCCUGUUGCCAAUAUUUUGACAACUGCAGAGGUCAGAUGGUGGGGUUCGAUUGGCAAUCGUUUCGAAAGGAACCCAUAGUCCAGUAGUCCCCCAAAACUAAACCACUCCACUCCAUAUGUAAGAGAAUUUCGGGAAUAACUUGAAGAUUUAGUGCCAUUUUGCCAAAAUUCCAGCCGUGCGAAAAUUACUUAAAAAAAAAAAACAAUUACUUAAACAAACUGAAAUUAAGUCAGAAGGAUGUGAGGAGAGGGAUAUUUGUAUGAGGAGUUUUAGGAUCCAGAAAUGUGUAGCAAAACGUAAGACGACUCCCUAGUACCAACGUCUGAUUUGAAUUCCGAUCAAGAGAUGAGAUCCGAGAGCGUGAGGAAAUAAUUAAUGAAUAAAACGUAUAUUAAGUCUUUUUUAUUAUCUUUUUUUCCAAUCGAAAUCAAAUAAUCGCUUGACUUAUUUGACUUUGAAACCAAUUCCGAAAACAAUAAAUUAUUUUAACCAAAACGAGUGUAAUCUUUACAAUGCAUACUUAGUAGACAUAAACGUACGUACAUAACAUAUAAACCAUAACAAUGCCGUUCAAUAAAAUUGAAUAUAUAUUUUA